AAGAGGCGGCGAUAGGAAUGGAUCGAGGCUAAUUUCCGCUCGAGAUCUAUAAUUCGUUGAACGAUCCAAAGCGCAUCGCAACUGCAUUCGAGAGGAGAGGGAAGGGAAGGGAAGGGAAGGGAAGGCUCGUGUCCGACUCACUCGUGCCAACAAAUUCGGGACGCCAUCGCAACAGUCGCAAUGCCUCGCAAGAAGAAGUUAACGUCUUCCUCGUGCUCGUGCUCGUCGAGCUGAAGGCGAAGAUCGGAAGGAGGAGAAGGAGAAGGAGAAAAGAAGAGGAGGAGGAGGAGGGGGAGGGGGGAGGAGCGGGGGGACGAUGGUGCAGUACAGGCCGCACAAGAGGGCGCGGGUGCAGGAGCAGCACUCGGUGGCGACGCUGGGGCAGCCGGGCUGCCCGGCGGAUUUCGAGGGCCCCUUCCGGUCCAACAUCCGGUCCUUCCUGCACGACUUCGCCCGCGGGCCCGUGGGCACGGCGCCCGCGCUCUGCCUGCCGGGCGUCCGCGCCUGGACCCUCCCGCUGCGCUCGGCCUCCGGCGCCCCGAUCUCCCUCUACAUUCUCGAGGAGACCCCGUCGCUCUCCCCCGCCCUCCACUGCGAUCGCUGUCGCGUUCUCGGUUGGGCACAUCAUCCCGUGUGUCGAAAGCGCUACCACUUCAUCAUCGGCAGCGUGGAGCUCGAGGACAGCGCCGGCGUCGGCAAGGGCAGGAAGCUGUGCCUGGGCUGCAGUUGCGUCAUUCCCGCUUCGACGAAGACGUGCCCUGGAUGUGGCAGCGACGCCACCAAGAGCAAGGUUUUGGAAGCACGUACUCAUCUGCUCCAUGGGCUCAUCCACGCCAAUGGAUACGGCCAUUUGCUCCGGGUCAAUGGCCGCGAAGGAGGCUCGCACUCUCUGUCCGGCCGCGAGAUCAUGGACCUGUGGGAUCGUCUCUGUUCCAUGCUGCGAGCAAGGAAAGUGAGCGUCAUGGACGUGUCGAAGAAAUACAAUCUGGAGUUUCGCCUGCUGCACGGGAUGGCGCACGGGCAUUGCUGGUACGGGCGGUGGGGCUAUGCGUUCGGCAGGGGCUCCUUCAACAUUUCCCCGGCGCAGUACGCCGCCGCUCUGCGCGCAAUCGAGUCGGCUCCGCUGAAGAAGUUCACCGAUUGCGAGCAUGCGGAUCGAGAGAAGAAGCUGUCGCAGAUCGUGGCCAUGUACAGGCAUUUGUCGAAGCCGUCGCCCGCGGCCAUGACGACUCUGGGCCACUUGGUUCGCUUUAUGAUGGACCUUCUGAGCAAGCUCCGCAAGGAGGCCGUCAGCCGCCAGGCCAAGCCCGCAGCCUUAGCCCCAGCCCCAGCCCCAGCUUUGUCGGAAUCCGGCGCCAAAGCGAACGCGAACGCGAACGCCGGGCACGGGGCUUGUCGAUGGCCGGCCAAAAGGCUAGAACAAGCCCAGGACGCUCUGCUGAGCAUUCUUCGGGCUUCGGAGACCGGCACGUGGCUGUCUCGGCAGACGUUGCGCGAGAAUGCCCGCUCGCACAUCGGCGACACGGGACUUCUGGACUUCGUGCUCAAGGGCUUCGUCGACAAAACUGUGAAGCGCGAAAUCGUCCGCCGCCGGGUCAAUGCCAGAACGCGCAUGCUCGAAUACAGGUUGGAAAGCGUGGAGGGUCGAGCGGACGACGAGCGAGAGCGAGAGCACGCGGCAGUCGGUGCGCAGCAGAAGCUGCAGAGCGACGACGUCGUGAGACAUCUUGCCCUCGUUUACGAGGCGGUGCAGGCCCGCAUGGCGGACGAGGCUCAGAUCCUGCUCGACGUGAAGCAGCUCAUGAAGGACUACGAGGGCGAGUUCACUCGAGACGGAGACGGAGACGGAGGCCGAGGCCAGGGGCUGGGGCACCGGUGCCAGUCGCCGACGACGCGGAGGGGGCAAGCUGACGAGGAGCAGCAGCCCUGGCGUGUGCUGUGCCAUCUGGCAGGAGGAGACAGAGCACCGUCGGACGAGAAGAACACGCGGGCACCGCCACCGGAGCUCGUCGUGCUGCCGUGGCAUGCCACCAUCGGCGACUUGAAGCAAUGCGCCGAGAAGGCCUUCCGCGACGUGUAUCUGAGUUUCGAGAAGUUCCAGCUCGUGUCCAUCGCGGAACUGCCGAAGCUGCCGCCGGACGACGGGCAAAAGCUGUCGAGCGUCGCGGGCUUGGGCUUGGGACUGGGCUUGGGCUCGGGCUCGGGCUCGGCGCAGCCGCCGCAGCUGCUGCGGCUGCACAUCGAGGGCACGGGCAUCGACGAGACCUCGGCUGCCCGUCACGAGGCGGGCACCGAGGACUGGGUCGUCAACUGCUGCUGCGGCACGCAGGACGACGACGGCGAGCGCAUGGCCGAGUGCUGCUCGUGCCAGAUCUGGCACCACACUCGCUGCCUCGGCAUCCUCGACUCGCACCCCGUGCCUCAGCGUUUUGUUUGCCACCGCUGCCGUCGUCCGCCCAGCUCCGGAUGAGCAGCGCGCUCGCUGCAUGCAUGGCCAUCCAUGCCCCAAUUUUUCCUACUGUGGAGCAGGGCGAUGCCCGAUUUUUCCUUCUGUCGAUUCGGCGUUUUUGAAUUCGCCAGAAUCCGUUGUGAGAUUGCCUUUCGUCGAGGUCGGUCCGUCCAUAGCCUGCCACAGCCAGGUCCGUAGGUAGGUCGUUUUGUGUAGGAAAGGAAGCUGUACGUACGUAGUUGCCAUCUGAGAUAUGGAGCUCGAGGAGUAGAGAGUAGAACAGAGAGUGUUUGUAGGCUGUGACAGAUCCGCGAGAUCGAUCGGUCUCGUUUCGAUUUGUCGAUUGAUUGAUUGAUUGAUUGGUUGAUAGUCAGCUGAGGCAUGCAUUCGCUUUGUAUAUUUGAGGGACAACUGUCGUUUGGGAACAACUGGCCCCGGCACGUUUGGUUCAGCCUCUUUCUCGGUCGAUGGAUAAAUUGUUGAUCAUUGCUCCUCCUCCUCUCAGUUCUCGUCCUCACGUGGAUCGAGACCACGAAGAUGUGUAGAUUGAAAGCACGAACACAACGCAACGAGGGUCCGGGAAUGAUGCACGGCAUGCCCUGAGAGUUCAGACGAAUCGGACACAGCCUGG